AGCCCACCACUAAAAGGCCGGCGAAAAAAAGUCUGCAAAAUAUUAUUUUCGGUGUAGCUUCGAAUAUAACUGGGCCACCGAAUGCAGCCAUGACCAAUCCUCUGCGCGCACAUUCUUCCCUGGCGUUGCUGGCGCUUUUCGUGGUCCCGUUGGCGGUGCUCGGCCAGGCGGACGAGCCCAGGGAGCCGGAUUACAUGAAGCGGGAGCACAGUCUGGUGCGUCCGUUCCAAGGCGUGGGCGUUAUCCUGCCACACUGGGACUUCCUGGGGAACACUAUGGUGACCAGCAACUACAUAAGACUGACGCCGGACUUGCAGUCCAAAAGCGGCGCCCUUUGGAACUACUCACCUGUGAUGACCCGUAACUGGGAGAUUCAUGUGGGCUUCAAGGUGCACGGAAAGGGCACUGAACUUUUUGGUGAUGGCUUCGCCAUUUGGUACACAAAAGAGCGGAUGAAAACGGGACCGGUGUUCGGCAGUAGCGAUCAUUUCUCCGGGUUGGCCAUCAUCCUGGACACCUACAGCAACCACAAUGGUCCACACAAUCACCAACAUCCGUAUCUCAGUGCCAUGGUGAACAAUGGCAGCUGGAGCUACGACCACGAUCGUGAUGGAACGCACACACAGCUGGCCGGCUGCGAAGUCCGCUUCCGCAAUGUGGACUAUGAGACGCUGGUUAGCAUUCGAUACGAAAACGAUAUUCUGUCGGUGUCGACGGAUCUGGAAAACCGAAACGAGUGGAAGAGCUGUUUUGUCGUCGCCAAUGUGGAGUUGCCCACGGGCUACCACUUCGGCUUGUCAGCCACGACGGGAGAUCUGUCUGAUAAUCACGACAUUCACAGCUUCAAGUUCUACGACCUGGAUUCAAACAUAAAUCACGAUGAAAUUAUUCGACGCUCCAACAUCAUACCGAAUGCCAAGACUUUCGAGGCGCCGCGAGAGCACAAGGACGAUCCCAAGCCGGGCAUGUCCAAUGCCAAGAUCUUCUUCAUCCUCUUGUUCGUAGUCGUCGUGGCGGCGGCGGUGGCCAUCUUCGCCAUCUCCUACUUCAAGGAUCGCAACGCGCGAAAACGUUUCUAUUGAGCUCUCAAGCGCCCCGAGCCAGUCCAUCAAAGCAUCAUGUUAGGAGUAUUCCGGACCUCAGUUGAUCCCAACUUUUAUUUAUAUAUACACACCCGACUGUAUCCUUUUCUUAUCACCCUUUUAGUUUCCUUAAUUUGUUUUGAGAGGGUAGACAUAAUAUUACACGUGUUGGCGAGUUAAAUUUAAGUGCAAAUUUUUAAUCUGAACUAUAGGAAAAUUGAGACCGUGAGAAUAUUAUUGCAUAGACAAGAUUAAAAUCCACCAAAUGAAAUAAAUGUGCUUCUCAUUUAACCACA